CCCCCCUCAUCAUCAUGUCCGUCCCAGCCAUCGGACGGCAGUUGCGUACUAUCCUCACUCAGCCAGCCGAUGCCUUUGCGCUCUCAGAGCUUCUUGCAGCGGUCGAUGACUUUGUCGCCACCAGCUACCCUGAGAUCAUCGCAGAACUAGAAGAGGAGUUGCAGACAAUAAACGCCGAAGAGGUCGACCACACUGUCCUCUACCAGAUACAGGUCCUGCUCGCGGUAUUAACCCAUUUGGAACCCGUGCUCUCUGCCGACAUCAUCAUUUCCUCUUGGUUUGACAUCCUGCUCCGUCCGGCCCUCCGCGAGGCAAAGCUGUCAACUACAUCUGUUGACCAGGCUAAAGAGCUCGUCCUUUCCGCCCUACGUAAGGCAGACGACGCCUCGUACGACAAGGUGUGCAGCUUCCGCCGCCGUCUGCUCGAUCUAUACCUUGGCGCGACCUUCAACGAGGCCGGCGACGACGUUCUAGAAUGGGCGGAGCUUGACGAGCGCGAGAAGGAAAAGUGGGCUUGCUGGAAGGCCAACCUGGAAGACGUCCUCCUGAAGCAUGGGACGCAAUGCCCCGCAGAAUUUAUGGCCGAAGUAAAUGCGCAUUUCGCCCAACCGGAACACAGACUGCAGCUCAUCGCGCUGCUCGACCUAUACGCAACGACGGAACAGUUUGCAAGUAUAGCGCCGAUAUUCGCGCAGCACGAACUGUUCACGAGUUUGCUAAAUUCCCUCAUGCUGGACAACUCGUCUACGGCGUGCACUUGUAGCAUCCUGCUCAUGGUCAAGAUGCUGCCCAACUUCGCGGUGCAUGCUAGUCGGGAUCUCAAGCGUGCUCUACCCAUGCUACUUGCCAUCCUUGCCAGGAUCAUGUCGUGGAGGGGACGUCCAGCACCCACAAUCGAAGAUCCGGACAUCAUCCCGGUGUACGACCCUGACCUCGAAGCAGAGCUCGAUCGCGACACUCGACAACCGCUUCACAUCAACCCGGACUUGCAGUGGCAGCGAUUGGAACUGACGUUCAGCGCCGCGACCUCAGCACCGUCUCCCCGGCCGCUGUACACCAUGCUCUACUACCUCUUCCCGUGCAACGUCAUCAAGUUCCUCCGAAGUCCGAUCGACUACCUACUCUUCCACGAAGUGCCCAGCCCAUACACGGUCGAAUGGAGCGCCGCGCUCGACGAUGCAGAAAUUCGGAGUAAAAGCGAGCACCUCGUCCGCACACACAUCUGCCACCCUAUCAUGAUCUGGCAAGACGCCACCAUCGAAAUGGGCGACACCAACUUUUGGUCCAAAUACGACGUCGCGCGCAUGAUCAGCGACGCCUCCAUGCUCGACAUCAUCCACACCUCCGUCGGCGUCCGCGAGCGCUUCGCCACCCUCGGCAACACCAUCGCCUCUCCCAACGCCGAGCCGCCCGCCCCCGCCGUCCUCGACGCCGACCCCCACCCCGUCGUGCCCGUCCGCGUCGCGGAUACCUCGGCGGGCAAGCCCCUCAUCUCGCUGCAAGACAUGGUCACCGCGUCCGUCGCGCUGAAGUCGCGGAUGGAUGUGAGCAUCAGCAAGGCAGCGACGGCCUGGCCGAACCUGCUGUUUGCGAAUGGCAAUGGGCCGGGGACGAGUCCGUCGAGUCCAUCGCCGAGUCAUCAGACGCUGCCGGGGGACACAGCGUCGAUAACGACCACGGAUGUGCAGAACUCGUCACGGGUGGCUCAGGCGUUGGCGAGUCUGCAGCGAGAGGUCGUGCUGUUGCGCAAUGAGCUCAACUUCGAGCUCUGGCUGUCGAGGGAAAAUGUGAAGAACAUCGGGCGGCUGUACCAAGACCGUACGCUAUACAGAAGCGCGGAAACCGAACGGCAGGCUUUGUACAAUAAAUUGCGCAAAUAUCGUACUCAAGUCAACGAUCUGGAACGGCAGCUUCGCGAGCACAAACAGCUGGCCUCGUCCACGAAGAACAAAUUCUCGGAAUGGAACAUGGAACUCGCGCAGAAGCUCAAACAGCUCCGGGAGGCCCAGAAGGUCGCGAACGACGAGAAGGCCGCCCUGCGGCAGGCGGAGAAGCAGGCGAAGGCCCUCUUCGAAGCGCAGGGCAAACUUCUGGCAGAGGCGAACCAGACGGUCUUCGACUUGCGCACACAAAUUUUGAGCAAUCAGCAUAAGAUCGACCGGCUGCACGAUUACGAGGCGCAGAUUGAGCAGCAUGUGAAGAUGCAGCGAUUGUGGGGCGAAGACUUCCGAAGGUUCAAUGAACGGGAGGUGGAGGUCGAGAACAUGAAGAUCGAAAUCCAGCAGCUUCGCAUGCACUUGCAGAGCUACUUCCAUCAGCAAUGCAUUCUGGAAGACGAUGGCCGCUGUCAACGCCGCGAAGUGCAAGCCCUCCAAGCGCAGAUCGCCAAGCUCAAGCGCGCGGCGAAGCAGCCCGCGUACGAACGCCGCGCGUCCGACAUCGCCGAGUUCGCGCGCGUGAAGCAGGAGCUGGGCGCGAAGGUCGAGCGGCUAAGGGAGGAGAAGCGUGAGCUGCAGGAGAUUAAGGAGGAGCUGGAGUUCAUGAACGAGUGUUUGAGGGUGCAGGUGCAGGGGACGCAGGGGUUGGUGUCGCCGCGGUCGGGGAGCCCGGUGACGGUUGUGGCGCCGAGGCCGAUGCCUGGUUGAGUGCUUGCCUGAACGUAGAUCGCUUGGAUUACGGAGUACAGUAUCAUGGACGACUGUAAGGUCAGUGCGUCGAGAGGAAACUUGAAGCUUUUCUCGACUGGGUAAAUGGGGUAUCAUCUCGGUACAAGUACAACAGGGAAACCUUCAACCUUCGUCUGCCGUGGACCUGCCACAACGAGAUCCAAUCCGCUGUUUUAUGACCGUGGGCUUAUAUCAAAAUCCGAAAUUCUGAGAGGUCCCCUCGCUCUGCGUGCUGGACUCCUUCGUAUGUUCAUACUG